UCUUUUUUGUUCUUCGUCUUUUUUGUCUUUUCAAUUUGCAAUUUAUCAUCUGGAUUUGCACCUUGUUAUAGCUGUAAUUUACCUCAACACAUCUUAAUUCGGAGCGCGCGCAUACGCACACGUUUCUCUUCCAACAUUUCUCAUUGUCAGCAACAUCAGUUCAAAAAAUCUAGAACACGAACGAAAUGUCAACCGACGCAACAGUCAAGAGCUCGCUGCUUAGGCUUCAGAAGAAUGGCGGAAACAAUAAGUGCAUGGACUGCUCGUCGCCCAACCCGCAGUGGGCGUCAGUCACACUGGGAACUUUCUUCUGCCUGAACUGCUCCGGACAACACCGCGGACUCGGAGUGCACCUAAGCUUUGUGCGCUCAAUAUCAAUGGACAAGUGGACAGCCGAGCAGCUGAGGCGCAUGGAGCUUGGCGGUAAUUCCAAGGCAACGUCCUUUUUCCUAUCACAGCCCGAUUACAGGGAUGGUAUGACGAUCAAAGAUAAAUACGACAGCCGAUUUGCCGCGCUCUGGCGGGAAAAGCUGACGGCCGAAUGCGAGGGCCGCGUGUGGACACCCCCUACGGUCACCAGUCCGAUAAGCCCGUUGGUGCGGUCCAACACAUCGUCGCCAGCACCUUUGAACACUAGCUCGGCGCAGCGCAAGGCCCUUGGCAAUACGUUUGCUGGAUCUCCAGUCGGUGGCAGUCGCAGCCAGACACCCGACCCUGUGCGGACGGGCAGCCCAGCGGCAUUCGGCAGCGCCGCACAGAAGCAGCGCAAUGAUGAAUACUUUGCGCGCCUUGGCACACAAAACGACUCGCGGCGUGAUGAUUUGCCUCCGAGCCAGGGCGGCAAGUUCACUGGAUUCGGCUCGUCGCCAAUGCAACCCAACGCGAACAGAGGGGCCUCUGGUCCGGCGUUCAACCCGCAGGACAUCAUGAAUGACCCAACGGCCGCACUGACCAAGGGCUGGUCGCUGCUUGCCACUGGUGCGCAGUCGGCACUGAGCACGCUGGGCACUGUGGCUGGGACCAUCAGCGAAAACUACGUGCGUCCGGCGGCCGAAAAGAUCCAGGACCCGAACUUUCGCAAUGACGUCACUUCAUACGUGUCCACAAUUGGCCUCAAGGUCGAGGAGACCGCUAACCGCGGCUUUACAUCGCUGUCCAGCUACAUGCGCUCCGGCCAGCAGGGGGGCUAUGGUGGCGGGUACUCCCAGGUGGCCACCAACGGCUACAACGGCUACAGCAAUGAUGCCGACGAUGCCGACGCAGACUUUUUCGACAAGGAGAUGAGCGCCAACUCGGCAAUGACGCCGCCUGCGUCAUCGAGUGCGCCUAACACCAUGUCACAGAGUCUCAGUGUGACUAAUCGGGCUGGGUCAAGAGGCGCCCUGCAGCCGGGCUCUGGAGGCAGCGUCUCUGCGCGCUCGGCAACGAAAAAGGCCAGUGGGUGGGAUGACGAGUGGGACAAGUUCUAACACAUUUUUAUCCAUUAAUGCAGGGCAGAGCCAUUUAUUUUCAACUGCCAAAGCGCUGAAAUGUGCCCUU